GAUGCUCAGUGAACUCUUCCCGCCAGCAGAGCGCGUCCCUGCGCCUCGUUCAGAAAAUGGGGAUGCCUCCGAGCGGAGCACAAACACACACUCCCCGCUUUCCGUGAAACUGUGAAAAGGAAAAGCCCUGUUGUUUUUAGUCAGAAAGCCCAUGCACUGCGAGCUUUCUCCACCACCUCCACUGCUCCCAGGACUCUCCCAGGAUGCUGUCGAACAACCCUCACAUCGGGCACCAAGUGGCAGGCUGCUUGCUUCUCCUCUCCCUCUUUCUCAUCAACUUUUCUGCCGGCAGCUCAGGAAAAGGCUCACAGAGCCAAGAUGAUAUGCAUGUCAUCCACAACAAUCAACUGGACCUGCGGGAGAUAGUUUUUGUCAUCCAGAGUCAAAGCAACUCCUUCCAUGUGAGGCAGGCAGAAAGACGGAAAGUAGACCUCCUGAAGCAGGCACACAGUCUCACAAAGCAGCUGCCCACCGUGGUUUUGCUUCUCCACAGUUUAUCAGAUAACCAGGGAGAUUGGAGUAUCCUUCCUCUGCUGCCUUACUUGUCACAGUCCUUUGGGAAAAACUCAUCCUGGAUUGUAUUUCUGGAGGAGGAAACAAAUGUGAAGAUGACUAAGCUGGUUCAAGUCCUUACAAAAUUUGACAAGAAUAAAGAGUGGUUUCUUGGUAAGCCCCUCCAUGAUGAGGAGUCCACCAUCAUCCAUCACUACGCGUUUGCAGAGAAUCCUUCCAUCUUUAAAUAUCCAGACUUCGUUGCUGCUUGGGCCGUAAGCACCCCCCUUGUACUUCGGCUUGCAGACAAAGUGAGAAAUGAGCCACUUAAAUCUGACUUCACCAUUGACCUGAAACAUGAGGUAGCCUUGUAUAUCUGGGACAAUGGGAACGGUCCUCAUCUCACUCCUGUUCCUGAGCUGUGCACAGAGCCGGAGGACUCUCCCCAGACCCGCCACUGUGCCACCACUCUGAGCACCGAGCCCCCUCUGUGUGGGGAGCCUGUGAAUAAAGAAGAUAUAUUUGUAGCUGUGAAAACGUGUAGGAAGUUUCACAGUGAAAGAGUUCCUGUGAUAAAGAAGACUUGGGAAAAGGAUGCCUUCUCUUUAGAGUACUACAGCGACCAUGCUGAUCCUUCAAUACCAACCAUUAAUCUAGGAGUUCCAAAUACUGAAAGAGGCCACUGCGGGAAAACAUUUGCAAUCCUUCAACGGUUUCUAAGCAGCUCUGUCCCAAACACCAAGUGGCUCCUUGUUGUGGACGAUGACACACUCAUCAGCCUCUCCAGACUGCAGGUCUUGCUGAGCUGUUACAACCCCUCUGAACCAGUGAGUCUCGGGGAGAGGUACGGCUACGGCCUGAGCCAAGGCGGCUACAGCUACAUCACGGGGGGUGGAGGUAUGGUGUUCAGCAGGGAGGCUGUGGUCCAACUUCUUAACAGCGGCUGCAAGUGCUACAGCAAUGAUGCGCCGGAUGACAUGGUGCUGGGAAUGUGCCUCAAUGCCCUCGGACUUCCUGUCACGCACAGUCCACUCUUCCAUCAGGCGCGCCCAGAGGACUAUUCCAGAGACUUCUUAGCACACCAGGUGCCCAUCUCUUUCCAUAAACACUGGAACAUCGACCCCAUUGCUGUUUUCAACAAAUGGCUUAAGGAUGACUUGAGGGCAGACGCUUCAGAUGGACUUAAUAAGAGCGCUAAGACGGAGCUAUAAUCAUUUUAUGUGUGUGUGUGUGUGUGUGUGUGUGUGUGUGUGUGUGUGUGUGCGCGUGCGCGUGUGUGCGUGUUUUGAAGUCAUGGAACUGAAACAUUGUCCUUCACAGAUGUAAAUGUUUUUGUAUUGUUGAUGUUGAGCUGUUAUUAAAGGGGCCAUGCAAGUGUCAUGACUUAAUCUGUGAGUGUCUUUAUGGAUGAGUAACUGAGGUUACAGUUAUUUUGGAGAUAUGGAUAUUAUACUGUAUAUUUCUAUCAUGUGAAAAAUCUGAAUCUUACAGAGGAAGAUCUUCUCGGGUAGAUAUUGUGUACAAUGCUACGGCUAGUGCUCUAUUUCGACAUAACAGUAUAAAUAUUUGAGAUUUAGUUUUCUAUUUCUUUGGAGGCCUAUUGUAGACUUUAG